GGUGACGGCGGGCGGGACGCGCCCAGGUUGUUGCUGCUGCUGCUGCCGGGACGCGGCGGGAGCGGCGGCGGCGAGCCAGGCGGACCCGGCCCGGCCAUGGACGAGCAAGCGGGGCCCGGCGUCUUCUUCAGCAACAAUAACAAUAACAACGCCCUCCUGCUGCCGCCGCCGGCGGGCGGGCCGGGGCUGGAGCCGGGCGAGGCGGCGGCAGCGGCGGCCGCGGCGGCGGCAGCAGGAGGCGGCGGCGGAGGAGGGGGAGUCUCAGCCUCCGGAGCUGCCGCGCCGCUCUCGGCGUCCCGGGCUCAAUACAGCGUGCCGGGCAUCCUGCAUUUCCUGCAGCACGAGUGGGGCCGCUUCGAGGCGGAGCGCGCCGAGUGGGAGGCGGAGCGGGCGGAGCUGCAGGCCCAGAUUGCCUUUCUUCAAGGUGAAAGGAAAGGACAGGAAAAUCUGAAGAAGGAUCUAGUGCGAAGAAUCAAAAUGCUGGAAUAUGCGCUCAAACAGGAAAGGGCUAAAUACCACAAAUUAAAAUAUGGCACAGAAUUGAAUCAGGGAGAUAUGAAGCCACCUAACUAUGAUUCUGAUGAAGGGAAUGAGACAGAGAUUCAGCCACAACAGAACAGCCAGCUAAUAUGGAAACAAGGACGACAGCUGUUAAGACAGUAUCUACAGGAAGUGGGCUACACCGACACGAUAUUGGAUGUGAAAUCAAAACGAGUGCGAGCUUUACUGGGCCUCUCAAGUGAUGCUUCAGAAAAAGAAAACAGAAGUCAAGAGCCAAUGGUAAAUGGCACAGAGGGUCAGAUUAAAGAAAACGCAAUGAUUGGGAAACCUGAAUUGACUGACUCUGCCUCUCUGCUAGAGACCUUCAAAUUUCUUGAAAAUGCAGCUGCAGACUUUAGUGAUGAGGAAGAUGAAGAAGAUAUUGAAGGAAGAGAGAAAACAAUCAUUGAUACUGCAACAAUUGUAAGGAAAAGAGUUCUAUCUGACAGCAGUGAAGACAGAGAUACAGAAGAAGCUUUGAAAGAGUUUGACUUUUUGGUUACCUCAGAUGAUGGUGAUGGGGAAUCGAGAAGUUCAGGAGAUGGAACAGACUGGGAAAAGGAAGACCAGUGUCUCAUGCCUGAAGCCUGGAAUGUCGACCAGGGAGUUAUAACCAAACUCAAGGAACAAUACAAAAAGGAGCGCAAGGGGAAAAAGGGGGUGAAGAGAAAAACUACCGAAGAUAUGUUUCAGCCUCAAUCCUAUAUAAAACAGUCAAAACAGGGAUGUGGGAAAAUGAUGGAGCAAAGCACAGGGCCCAACAGGUCAAAGCUGCAAGAUAUGCUUGCAAACUUGAGAGAUGUUGAUGAUCUCCCUUCAUUACAGCCAUCUGUUGCACCUUCUUCUAGGCCCAGUAGUUCAAGGCUCAUUGAACAUGAGAUAAACAGGACGGAUGAAGUGGAAGCUUUAACAUUCCCUCCAUCCUCAGGGAAAUCUUUCAUUAUGGGAACAGAUGAAGCCCUUGAAAAUGAACUGGGUCUUGGAGAACUGGCAGGCCUUACUGUAGCAAAUGAGGCAGAUUCGCUGACUUACGAUAUAGCCAACAAUAAGGAUGCAUUGAGAAAGACUUGGAACCCCAAGUUUACGUUAAGAAGUCACUUUGAUGGAAUAAGAGGUCUCGCUUUUCAUCCAGUUGAACCAGUCUUAAUAACAGCUUCAGAGGACCAUACAUUAAAAAUGUGGAAUUUACAAAAAACAGCCCCAGCAAAAAAGAGUGCUUCUCUUGAUGUAGAGCCAAUAUAUACCUUCCGAGCACAUAAUGGACCAGUGCUCUGUGUGGUGAUGAGCAGUAAUGGUGAGCAGUGCUACAGUGGGGGAACAGAUGGCCUCAUCCAUGGCUGGAACACAACCAACCCAAACAUUGACCCCUAUGACUCUUAUGAUCCUUCUGUUCUAAGAGGUGCUUUUGUAGGCCAUACUGAUGCAGUGUGGGGUCUGGUUUACAGUGGAGCUCACCAGCGUUUGCUGUCCUGUUCAGCAGACGGCACUAUACGUUUAUGGAAAGCUACAGAAAUUGCUCCAGCUCUCAAUAUCUUUAAUGAUAAUCAAGAAAUGGGAAUCCCUUCAUCAGUAGACCUUGUGAGCAGUGACCCAAGCCUCAUGGUAGCAUCAUUUAACAGUGGACACACUAGCAUUUUUAACAUGGAGACAAGGCAGCGAAUUCUUACCCUGGAGUCCAGUAUGGAUACUACAGUCAGUUCUUCCUGUCAGAUAAACAGAGUGAUCAGCCAUCCAACUCUUCCAAUUAGUAUCACUGCUCACGAAGACAGACACAUCAAAUUCUACGACAACAACACAGGAAAACUGAUCCACUCCAUGGUAGCUCACUUAGAUGCAGUUACAAGUUUAGCUGUUGAUCCUAAUGGCUUGUAUUUGAUGUCUGGCAGCCAUGACUGCUCGAUUCGCUUGUGGAAUCUUGAAAGCAAGACCUGCAUCCAAGAAUUUACUGCCCAUCGCAAAAAAUUUGAUGAGUCCAUUCAUGAUGUGGCUUUCCACCCAUCCAAAUGUUAUAUUGCCAGUGCAGGAGCAGAUGCCCUGGCUAAAGUGUUUGUAUGACAGAGUGCUUCCCUUUCAACUUUAGCUUUGUAUAUAUUUAACCAGCUGCACAAAAGAGAAGAGGAGGGCACAAGUUGUUUUAUCUUGCCCUAUAAUUCAGAGAAUGUUUGUAAGUGUGUAGUUUUGCAGGGUGCUGUUUUCUAAAUUGACGUUUGUUCUGGUUUCUGUGAGCUCAGCUGGUGCUGAGAGCUUGGAAUCUCUCAGUUUCAAAUAGUUAAAAAAAAAAAAAAGGCUUUUAUUUAGAGGGUGUGAAUUUUCGUCCAGGCAGGCCUUGGGUGAAACUAGGUCUACGUAUUCUCUAUUAAUAAAAUGGAGUACUGGAAAGAAGGGGUCUAAUUGCAUCAGGGAGUAGGAAAAGAGGGAAACUUCCUAGGAUGCUUCUCAUUGAAGAAUCUUAAUGUACUCAAAUCACCUGGAAAAAGUGAUUCAAAGUCAGUUCACAUGCUCUUUACUGUAUCAUGUGAGAGGCACUUUGUCAUCCCUUUGGUGUAUGAAUAAAGUAGAUCUUGUUCAGAGCAGUAGCAGAUAGUUAAUCUCAGCCACCUGGCUGCUAGCCUAAGAUAAAUGCAAUUAAAGGAAGGCAAAUUACUAACGUACAUUAAAAUUCAGUAAAGUUUCUGUUACAUCUUCUGUGUUUCUCAGUAAAUAUUUUGUUUGCAAAAAAAUUUAUAUAAUUUUUUUGAGACCGUAUUAGCGUGUGGCAAGAAACUGAGCCUUUAGUCUAAAUCCCAAUUAACAGCAGACUGACACGGUCUGUGUAUACUGUAGUAGCAAAUUUAACUUAUUCAGAUUUUAAUGCUGUUUAUUCUUGGAGAUCUGGCACAAGAAAUUAUCCCAAAGCUUUCUGAAGAAGCUGUCUUACAAUUUUAGCUAUCAAACAUUUGUCUCCUCUUUCUGUUCCUGCUAAAAAGGUAUCAUUCUGGGCAUUACAGAUAACAGUGGAAUUCUUUUCUUGGAGAUUAAAUCUGAUGCUUUGUAUGAGUCCUUUUAGUGGAAUAGGUGGAAACUGUACAAAGCUCCAUCAGUUUGAGAGAUUCUGCUACUGCUAGAAUAUUUCCCAGCUGCACCAUUUGAGGGACUUUUUACCUUGUCCACUUCACUGGGUGUAUGUGCCAUUGAUUGGGUUACCUGAAGAAUGAGUGCUUCUCUUAAUUACUCAACAGAUGUGCUUUCUUUAUCUAUUCAGAGCUUCUCUGUUGAUUUGACAAAUAACUUUUAAUCCAAUCUGUUAGUCUUUUUAUCCCUUCUUAAAGGAAGGUGAGUAGGUUCUUUUCUGUUAUGUGUCAUCAUCAGAAUUAUUACUAUUCAUAAGCACGAAGUUGGUGUUUUUCUCUGAUGGGAAUGGAAAGCAGAAUUUCUGCUGGAGUUGAUUUCUGGUGCUGAUAUAAGUAGGAAAGAACCCAGUGCAACUCUUCAUAUACACCAGCCUGAGGUUAAGACUGGAAACUGAUAAAUAAAUCCUUACAUUUAAACUGACACUUCGUAAGCAGGAGUCAUUGAUCGAUAUCAACAUGAGGUUUGACUAUGUUGUUUUUUAGAGUGCCAUUUGGGGAUGGGACCACAUUUGAAGUUGAUCUCAGAGUUUAAAGCAAAUAUAUUAUUUAGAAUAAAAGGUUGACCUGUGCUGUUUGAGCCUGCUACAUAUUAUAUGUACUGCUAAAAUAUUCUGGAAUACCUUUUAUUGCUCAGAAUAUUCACAUAUGUCAGUUCAUGAUAUUGAUAUGCAAUAUAUUUCCUUAGAUAAGAUUAGAACUUUUACCAUGAAACAGAUGACAACAAUAAUAAUACAGAUUAUUUAGUUUUUAUAAAAUGUUUUGGUUAUGAUGAAAAGGAGGAAACUUGGCUGCAAAACUGAGCAUUCAACUUUGUGAGAGUUUUGCGUACUUGACUCAUAUUCUUUCACUGUCAUUAUUUUAUUUCUUUUUGAAGAGAAAAUUACAAAAAUUUAUUUGAAAAAUUCUAAAAGUUAUGUAUAUUAUAUAUGUGUAUAUAUAUUGUAAACAUGUAUUAAAUGUGUCUAGUAAGGGAAGACUCCAUGGGUGCAUUUUAAUGUUUUAGUAUUAAGAGUUCUCUUGAGUUUGUGUAUACAAAGGAUAAUGGUGUGAGUAUGAAAUGAAUGUUGUGGUUUUGCUUACACAAUACAAUAUGUAGUCACAGUUGUUUAAAUUGCUGUACAUAAAAACUAAUAGGCCAGCAUGCUUGUUUAUAAAGACUGUCAUUCUGAUUACAAUUGGAAUGUAAGAAGUGGCUGUUCAAAUGUGAAUUGAAAGAUGUUUCCUUCUCACUAUUGAGCUCUUGCUCAAACUGAAAAGUGAUUUUUUAAAAAGCUGGCAAUAGCUAGAGGAUGAGGUGCCUUUAAAAAACAAAACAAAACAAAUGUAGCCUUAUGAAGAGGUUGUGGAAUAUAUAUAUUUUUGUGCUUGUCUUCAUAAUUGAUGUCAAUGUCUUUUUACUGUACUUGCUCACAUACUUGUAGGACUGCAGGGUAUUGUGCAUGAGCCUGUCAGAUCUUCUGAGCAUCAUCAUAGGAGAUAAGGUUGAAAACAUUAUUUAGGUUAUCUAGGCCAUCUGCUUGCUAAAGCGGGGUUGUAGACUUGUGCAUUCUAAUAUUGUCUUGGCCAGUGAGAUUUUAUUUGUUCUAAAACAAUUAGGCUUCCUUUUAAAGAUAAUUUCAAUGAUUACAUCUCACUGGCAGGAGGAUUUAUGUAACACUUAGUAGCUCUUUUUUGUAACUUCAUGCCAGUAUUCCAAGCAAUCUUUUGUGCCAUUUUACAUAUUCUUCAUAGUCUUCGUAACUUGGAACCUCCAUGCACACCCUGGUUCCAUCUGUAUAUUUUCAUUCCUUUCUACUUUCUUCUAGUCUGCUUUUUUUGCUCAACAUUUUCUUGUUUUCAUCCUUUAAGCUCAAUUCUCCAGAUAUUGGUGUCCAUACCACCAUUCCACAUGCAUGAUUUGUUGGACUAGUCUGAGAGUCAUCUCUCAAGUGUGGCUGUUAUUUAGUUGGGUUUAUCCUCUCUAACAUGAUGCUUUUGUGUAGGAAGACCAAGCUUUUGAUAUCUGACAAACUUAAAUCAUAUUUCUUUAUUUAUGACAACUCCUUUAAAUAACAUUUGAGCAUUGCUGCUUUUCAAGUUUCAUCUUCACUUUUAGUGUGUUAUAAUUCUUUUGCAGCUAGAGACUUAAUUCCUGUUUCAUGAUUAUCCUGGAUCUUACAAGUUUUGAACUUCUGACCUCUGAGGGCACUAAAUUAUUUUUAUUUGUUCCCCUUUUCUGUGCAGUUUUUCCUGGUUCAGUGUAAUUAGUAACUUUCAUUAGUGUGAUACAUAUAUCCAAAGUGUAAACAAAACUGGACCCAAGGCUUAUUCUUGGAAAAAAACAUUUUUCUGCAAUAUCCAUAUAUAGCAUUUUACCAUUACUACUUUUCCCAUAUCUAAUUUACAUGGUAAUUUUUUAAUGGUUAGCUCAUAUAAUUUUUUGUGUAUGUUAGCCUGUGCUAAUGAUUUUGGUUUUACUAACUAAUUUAAUGGGAGAAUUUUCAGUCCUUCUAUAUGUUGAAAGUUGGUCCACUAGUUUAAAUACUCUCACUUUUACUCUAAUUUACUUCACUGGGCUGCUUGCUUUCACAUAUUGAUUCAGUUUCCAAAACACUUGAACAGAAUUAUUUGGAGUAACUUGGAAGAACUUCUAGAUAUAUUGUGUCACUCUUACAAAAUCCUAGUGUCUGCAUUUAUUUUUGGGCCUCAGAGAGAAAACUUCCGCAUAAAAGAUUCGCUACUUUCAUCUCAUCCAUCUUUAUUUUGAUAAUAUACAUUCUUUAGCAAGAAGCCUGGAGAACUAUAUGCCAUGUACUGUAGCCUAUUUUUUUAGGACAUGUAUUUUCAAAUAACAUCAUUUUAAAGCAGUCCCAUGUAAUUUGGUUGAGUAAGUGUGGUGUUCACCAUACAGCUUUGUGAUUAGCUCAUACAACACUGUUUUUCACUUGUGAAUUUAAAGUAACCAGAGAUUUGUUCUUUUGAAUAAAUGUGUGAGAGAUAAAGGACUUAGUUACACUACCUUUUCAGUACAUUUGUUGGAUCACAGAUGUGUUGCCUUUCUCUGCCUCCUUAGGUUUCAACAGUGUAAUUUUGGGGAGCAUCAAUUUCUGUAAACUCAUGUGUUCUUUGAGCAGCGUUUGAUGGGCAGAAGUGUGAAAACAAACAAUUGAAAAGCAGGCAUAACUAUCAGAUAAUCAUAUCUUGGUUUUCCUAAUGCCUUUCAACUAUUUGGAAACAUUUGCAGGCUUGACAGUGACUUUGACAGUGUGUUUGCAGUCUGUCCCAGGUAUCCAAGAGCCUGCUUGGUGCCUGUGUGAAAUACCUAGUCAACCUGAGAUGCAUUAUGGAAGAAAAUGCAGCCAUUGUGGUUGUCCUGUGCUGAAAUUUGUGGCUGUUUAGUGGAAGCUGGUUUGGACUACACUGUGAGAAAUGAAGAAAUCAGAAUACAAUAGUUAACCUCUUCCAUGUGGUAAAUUGAUUUGUAUAACAUGUGGCAAUCUUUGACAUGGCAAUAUGAGUUUUCUUGGGCAGCUGCUGUUCAUGAACAUCGUAGAGAUGCUUAGCAUAGUUGUUACUAUUGAAUGACUGAGAGGAUGAAAAGAUUUCCUUGAAAAAAAUGCUCAGAUGUUUCAGGAAGCUCCUUUUUUUCCAUAAGGACAUGAAGGAGUUGGGAAUAUUUUAUGUGAAUCUGAUAACGUUUAGUUGAAGAGAGUUACAAUCAGUGCACAGUCUUGACUCUUUCAUCAUCAGUGUCUGUAAGCUUAGAGACAGAGGUAUGGAAAUGAUUUUCCUGUAAACUCCCACUGAAAGCCUCUGCCACGUUCCUACUGAGCAGCAGAGAAACUGAUGGACAGCAGUGUUGCUCCAUCCAGUUACGUCAGGGGUGUUUUAGAAAAAAUAACCCCUAUUGUAAAAUGUAGUGUUAAAUACAGCAGAGCAAAUGAGCAAACUCUUGGGGAGGCUGGAGAAGGACUAGGAUGACUCUUGUGUAAAUAGUCCUUGUUCAGGCAAACACUCUGGUUUAGCUGGUGGGAAUGUUCCUAGGAGGGAGGAUGAUUGGAAAUGUGACCUUUAAAAAAAUGUGCCUGUGCUAAUGAACAUACCCGUGCAGGUUAUCUAUCUUUUGGUAUGUGCUUUUUAUCUUUCCAUUUAAAUUUCCCUUUAGAAUACAUUUUCUGGGAAUUUUAAAAUCCCAUCUAUAGUGAGCACUUACUGCAGUAUAAAUGUCAUUAAGAACUUCUGAUUUUUCUCUUGGAGUGGUUUUUUGAAGGGUGGUUGAAGCUUCAGCUUCAGCCCAGCCCUCUGUCCACCAGAAGACUGAUUUGUACCUCCUUACAUCUAGUUUAUUUAAUUUUGCUGUGUUAUCUCUUAGACUGCCUUCUGAGUUGAUUUUGCUGCUCUGUAGUCAGUUGUGAAAGCUUAUGAAUUACUGUAUCAUUUAAGAUAUUUUUGAGAAUGUGGAUUCCACUAGAGAAGGCAUAAAUCCAGUUGAAUAAUAUAAUUUGUGGAGCUCAUCUGGUUUGUUAUCAGGAGAGACUAGUCGCUAGACUACAAAAUCCAAACUAUGGCUGAGCUAAAAAGGCAUUUAACAAUAUUAUAUUCUUAGCCCAACUUCUUCUUGCCUAAGUGUAGAUUGUAGUACUGUGUGUCAGACUACUUUUGCCCUGCUUAUGCUGCCAAGCCAUGCUGUGAUCCUGGGAGGUCACACCAGUGUUUAAACCAUACCCCGUGUAUGUGUUUCUAAGCUGUUCAAAGCCUUGUAUUGACAUGGUCCUCCGGGCCAGUCUUCUUUGGUUCCCUUAAGUUUGAAUUGCAGGCUCCCAAAAUUACUUCCUGGCUAUUUUGAGUAACCCUUGGUCCUCACACCAGAGUAUUAGACUGUGGUGUUGAGAAAAGAUUUAUUCAGCUGGAUUUGUACUAUUCUGAAAGGGAAAGGAAAACUUAUUGCCAAGCCAAAUAUUGUCAUUAUUUUUGGAUUACUUGUGAAAAGCAGCCAAAAACAUUGUAUAAGGGAUAAAUUACGGACUUCAAGCUAAUAUUUUUCCAUUAAGAAUUUAUUUUUUUAUGCUUCCUAUCAUCAAGAUACCGUGCUUUUGAAUGUAGCUUGUUUUCAGAUAUAUGGCUCCUAGAAUUGUUUCCUUGAAAUUGGACAUUUGCAAAUGUGCAUCAGUUUUGAAAACUGUCUCAUAUGUGUUAGCACUUCUUUUGGAAAUGCAAACUGAGCAUGUUAGCUAAUGAUUUCUUGUACCUUUAUAGUCCAAGCAAACUGAAAAGCAGUCUUGUGCUAUGUUUUCCUUGAAUAGUGCAUCUGAAAAAUCUUGUAGAAGGAACUCCAUGCUGAGAUGACUUUUGUUGCUGUCAGGUUCUCUGUUGACAUUUGUCAGCUUUGCACUGUAUUUUGCAUAAUUAUCUUCAGUUAACUGUCAGGUUGAAAAAGACAAAUUUCUUUGCCAUAUGGACUGUAGCUUGGAAUUUUUUUUUUGUUGUUGCUUAUAUUAAUACACUUUUUUCUUUUCUGCUAGAAGUUAGAGAUACAUGAAAAUUCUCUUUAGGAGAAGUUGCUGUAGGUGAUAACCACUAACAUGUUAGUAAUUUCAGUGGCUUCCCUUCUGUUUUGGAUCACUUCCAUUGCAGAUUGUUGAUAUGAAAAGGCUACUGUGGCUGAUAUACAAACAGCUUAAGGAAAUUAAGAUUCCCAUUCAGAACUAUGGCUAGGUUAUGAUUUUAUACACCAGUUUUGAAUGACUACUUUGAAACAAUGUUGGGCUUCAAGUGUCUUGCAGAAUUUUGGAUCCAAAUGAGAAGUACCUACUUGUUGAGUAAUAGUCUACUUGUCAGUUUUUUGUGUAUGGCUCAGUACAAGGCUGUGUCAGAAUUGCAGUACCACCAAAUUACCUUGUUUAAAUGCAACCGUUGUACAAAAGUGAAUGUUAUCUUGAGUGAGAAAUUCUGUUUUCUAAUUUAUGAAGGAAAUAGUUUUCUUGGGAGUAAGCAUCCAUAAGUGUAAUAUAUUUCAUGAUUUUGAAAAGACUUAUUAAUCAUGGGACAAGAGAAAAAGGAAAGUGAUUCAAUCUCCAAAGAUUUGUUUAGCGUUUAUUAUUACAAGUAUAAAUUUUUGCUUUAAAUGGAAAUGCUUAUUCAGAAACUUAGUAUUAAACUUCUUACUAAAACUCAGUAGUUUAAAAUGCUGGAUAAAUAUCUAAAAUGGCAAAGAUAGAAAAUUCAGAGGGAGAUUAUUUUGAAAUACGCCAGUGUAAUUUUGAGCUUCUCAAGUGCAGCCCUGAAUUUUCUCUUUUUCACUGCAAUUCAUAUUUUGUGGAACUUCUUGGAUAGGUUAUAUUUAAAGCUACAUUCACUUGCCUGAAUAAGUCAAAUAAAUAUUUUGUCAUUUAAAAUUAUAUAGAUCUGCUUAUGUUAGUGUGCCGUUCAAAAUGAGACCCCAUUGAGGUAACCAUGCAGGUAUUUGUGUUGGUAUGGCAGUAGUGAAGUGGGGUAUCUGUGUACUGUACCCGCAUUCUGUGCUGAGCAAAAUCACACGGACUUCCAGAAAUAAGCAAUGGUUUUUAAGAGCAGCUUUAUUUAAUGUUGCAGCAGCAAGUGUCAUUUGUACCAUAUAAUUAUGUAAAUUGGGUGCUAAUAAAUACUAUUUUUCAACA